ACCUGCACGGGGCGCCAUAACCACAGCACAUCCAGGAAAUCCCUCCUUCUCCUUCCUCAGAUUCACAACAUGGAGGCGAUUUUACAGUUUUACUAGAUAAUAACACAAUGGGACGGAUUUCUUACAGGGAGACUUUCUUCCAGUGGUCUGAGUCUUGGUUUAUAUAGUGUUCAGAGUUGCUGUGUGCUGGAGAUUAUGAGGCAAACCUGUAACCCAGAUCUCAUUCUGUAGAAACGCCGCGAACCCUGGGAGCAGAAAAUGGCCUGGUUCCAUCAUGCCUUGGCCCAAGGUGCGAGCCAGCAGCAGCAGCAGCAGCCAUCUUCCAUGAAGAACCUCAUAACUGAGCCGAACUUUAGCACAGCUAUGGCAGGUGCUUCACCCAACAGCCUGAGCCUGUUUCCGUCCUCAUUUACAGACUUCCCUCCCGUUCCGCAGGACAUGGCUCCUCCGAGCCUGGGAGAGCUCUCCUGCACUUCAUCGCUCAACCUGAGGGCGAGCCACGACCCUGCUCCAGUGUCCUAUGUGACUCUGCAGGAACAGCGGUGUGUGUUAAGCUGGUUUCUGGGCUGGGGAUCUUGUCAAAGAGGACGCUUUUUAGAAGACUUGAUUUCAAAGGCAGUGCCGGGAAAAGUCAGUAGCUUGUUGGAGCAGCUCAAUACACUUCAGGUAAAAGACCGGCCACCCAGCAUUUUUGAGUGUCAGUUGAGACUGUGGACUCAGUGGUUCGAGUCAUGGAGUGAGGAUGAGAGAAAUGGUUUCUUGAAUAGCCUGGAAGAGAAGGAUCCAAUGUUUGUCUCCCAUUUUUACAGAGCACUGGCGAGCACUGCGGGAAGAGACUGACAGCCUCUGUGAAAGGGGCAGUUUUUUGUGUUUAUAUACUGUCAUACAACUUCAGCGUACCCUGAUUCGUACCUCCCUAGACAGCUGCAGCAGUUUUGAUUGGCCCACCGAGCCUUGUGUUCCUGCCUACACAUUUCCACCUUUGUGGUUAAACUGUAGAGCAAUGCAGACGCACAAGUAUUAAUGCUGACAACAUCAUAGGCAACAUGCUGUAAACUAAACCAGCCUUUAGGCAUUCAGGUGUUAGCAGAGUUGACAGCUCUUGAUGGAGCUUGACAGUCUAGUUUUGAGUGACAAGAUUCUUGCCAAUGCUAACCUGAUUAAGCUAUUAUUGACUAUAGAACAGUCACGGAUAAUUCUGAUCCUGCAGGGUUAGAUUCCUGUUUUGUGCUUGCCUGCUCAGAUAAAGCUGAUUCAGCUAACCUCUUGAUUGCUAGGUAUUGGAAGUCUGUUAAAGCAGACUUCCAAGAGAUCAGCAAACUGUGCUAGCCUCCUGCUCCCCUUUACCCACCCUGCUAUAGAAGGAGCUUUAAUGGGUUUCAGGUGGGCAGCACAGAGGGAUGCAUCACUGUGUCAAAAAGAAAAGGGAUAUCUAUUAUUAAACAGUUUGGAAUUGUAAUAAUAAAAGUCUGCCCUCUACAGGCGAGUUUGUGUUGGUGUGUACAUGUUGGUGUCUCAGGACCUCAGUGAUUUAAAUCACUUUUUGUUAAAUUCUUAUUAAAGGAAUGUGCAUCUUU